GGUGAACAUGAUCUAGCAUCUUUUAUUUUCACGGUAUAAACUUUGAACUAUCAUAAUCAAUGUACAUUUUGCAACGGGAAAAUACUGUCGCACUUGACCAAGAAGUAUAGCAGUAUUUGUCACAUUCACAGCAUGAAUGCAUAGAUGUAUACCGUACUGGAUCCUUGCUCUGUGCAGUAGCAGAUCGAGUUGGCCAAUUUGACAUAAACAGUUCUACUUGGUACUUACUUCAUGUACUUGGUACUUGGUGGUCACAAAAGGAUACAAUGGCUGAAAUUUGUCUGAAGAGUAGGGCUGUUCUGCGAACUCCUAUUGGACCAGUUAGUGUGACGGCAUGCAAGACUGGUGUCCACAACAUCAACUUAACGGCAGCGACAGAAAUACCUGGCAAAAAGUUUGCUGUGGCAGUCACAGAGGCACCAGACCAUUGGCCAGGUCCUCUGAGGAAGUGUGUUGAUUGGUUGACUGUGUACUUCAAAGAUGCCAAAGCAGCCAAUCAGAUGCCUCUUCCACCAUUUCAUCGCCCGACUGCAAAAACGGAUUCCUUCACCUAUAAAGUCUGGGAGACUUUAACCAAUCAAGUUCAGUGUGGGGAGACAGUCUCGUACGGCCAACUCGCAGCCAUGGCCGGGAACGACAAAGCCUGUCGGGCGGUAGGGGGCGCCAUGCGUGCCAACCAGAUCCCGAUCCUGAUGCCUUGCCACCGCGUGACCAAGAGUGAUGGCGCGCUGGGCAACUACAUGGCUGGGAAGGGGAACACUCUUAAAAAAUGGCUGCUCGAACAUGAGGGAGCUGUUGUCAAGUAAAAGUUCGCUUGUUCCCACAAAUCCUUUCCAAGAGAGAUGGUGAAUUACCUCGAUCAACUUUACUUGUUCAUUUGUUAACUGGGGUUUAGUAUCUCUGUGUGCGCAUGAACCACAGGUACAGCAGGUUUAAACAGUCAACUCUUGUUACUACACAGGCAUGCAACUUUUCCUCGGAUCAGCCGAUUUCCUUUUUUGUUUACUUCCCAUGUGUGCCAUUAAAAAAUAGAAAAACACUGUACAAAGUCUUGGAAAGAUUUGAAUUUCCUCUUUUUUUGUGACUUCCCAGUUGCAUGCCUGAAUACAAACUCAGCCGGACCUAGCCAAAAUGUUUGUUAUAUCAGAAUUUUGUAUUAAGUCGAGUGCCGGUCCCAUUCAUUGUGCACAGUCAGGACCUGGGCUUUACAUUUGCUAUAACCAGAAUUUGUAUUAAUGGUGUUUGUAUUAACAAGAGUCGACUGUACCAUUUUUAUACAUUGAUAAUGACAAAUGACCUACCCACAAUGAUUUGGGGCAUCUGCAUUUCCUUAAGGAGAUUUUGUGAAAGGGAUUAUAUCUGUCGCCGUUGGAUCUAGCGCAGGGACGAAUGAAAAAUAAUUGUUGGUUAUCUGAAAUAGUGAAGCACAUGCUUUGUAAAUAGCAAAUAUAGGUUAACAGUUUUUGUUAGAAGAUAUAGGAAACAAUUUAGCAAAGUGAGCAUAUUUCUUGGGUUUUUUUUUUCUUUUUCUUUUUCAUUGCUUAGGAUGUUAUGCUUUUUCACAUUUUGCUUUCCAUUUUGCCUUCCACCAGUGAGCACUUCUUGCAUUUUCGCUUUCGAAAAAUAAGAUUUCGGAGAUUAAAAUUUUGAGGCCAGUACUUAUUACAUGUAUUCACAAGCUAUUUAUACAUUUUAUCAAGCACAUGUACGCAGAAAUUCGAUGUAAAUGCGAUUUUAUUAAUGGUGU